AUGGAGACGGGCUCCACAUUUUGCCCAAAGUGGCACAGUGCGCUUUGGCUUUUGCCUUUGAUGAUGCUCAGCUUUUUCCACGAAGCCAAAGCUGAUAUAACUUGCAGGUCCUGUCAGCCUGGAAAUAAGUGGCGCGCACAGGAAUUACUGUUGAAUCUCGACAUGAGUUCAUCCUCGGCGGGGUUGAAGGGAGAAGUUUUGGGACGCGGAGCCGGGGCGGCGGGUGGAGAGGGUCGGCGGCUCCGUUGCGCGGCGGGGUCCGCUGACUGCGCUCCGGAUGAGGCGGAACACACGGGGCCAGGGCUGGGGCGGAAUACACGCAGCCUGCGCGCAAACGGUGACAUUGGUGAGAGCGAGUUUGCGAAGACUAAAGUUUCAUAUGUGAAAAUGAGUGGCCAGCGGAGGUCCAGCGACGGGGCCGGUCUACCCUCUGCCGUCUCACCCAUAAGGCGCACCAGAAGGAGCAGUGGUAAAGAUGAAGCCAGGUCCCCCGGCUCGGCCCAGAGUCAGGACCCGGGAGAGGGCACCGGUCCGGCGGCGGCGCCACGCAGACUGACGCGCUCCGAAUCGCGCAGGAGCGGAGAGGAGCGGAGAGCCGCUGGUCCGAGGCAGGAGGAGCUAAAACUUAAUAGUUCUACGUUCGCCUUGACCGGGGACUCGUCUCACAACCAGGCUAUGGUGCACUGGUCCGGCCAGAACAGCAGUGUGAUUCUGAUGCUGACCAAACUAUUUGACUUCAACCUCAACAGCGUGACUGAGAGUUCAUUAUGGAGGUCAACCGACUAUGGAGCAACGUACCAGAAGCUGAAUGACAAAGUCGGAGCAAAGACAAUACUCAGUUACCUUUAUGUGAGCCCGAACAACAAGAGAAAGAUCAUGCUGCUAACCGAUCCGGAAGUCGAGAGCAGUCUCCUAAUCAGCUCUGAUGAAGGAGCAACCUACCAGAAGUACCGACUCAACUUUUACAUCCUCAGCCUGCUCUUCCAUCCUGAUCAGGAGGACUGGAUUCUUGCAUACAGCCACGACCAAAAGCUCUACAGCUCAGUGGAGUUUGGGAGGAGGUGGCAACUGGUGCAUGAGAGAGUGGCUCCGAACCGCUUCUACUGGUCGAAAAUGGGUCUUGACAAAGAGCCGGGCCUAAUUCACCUGGAAACCAGCAUCUCUGAAGGACAUGCACUGUAUGUCACCUGCAAGCUGCAGAACUGCACCGAUGCCAACAAGGGCAAACCAUUCCCAGGCUACAUUGACCCCAAUUCUCUGGUGGUGCAAGAUGAGUAUGUGUUUGUCCAGGUAUCGACUGCGGGGAGGCCAAUCUACUACGUGUCUGCCAAAAGAGACGUCUUUACCCCGAUGAAGCUGCCCAAGUACACCCUACCACAGGACCUGCAUGUGAUCAGUACGGAUGAGAACCGUGUGGUGGCAGCUGUGCAGGAGUGGAACCAAAACGAAACAUACAACCUAUAUGUGUCCGACACGUCGGGGGUCUACUACACGCUGGCUCUGGAGAACGUGGUCAGCAGCAUGGGCCACGAGGGCAACGUCAUGGUGGAUCUAUAUGAGGUAGCGGGAAUAAAAGGGAUGUUCCUGGCCAACAGGAAGACGGCUAACCAAGUAAAGACGCACAUCACCUACAACAGAGGCAGAGACUGGAGGCUGCUGCAGGCCCCGAGCAAAGACCUAAGGGGCAACAACAUUCACUGUGUGCUACCGUACUGUUCUCUACAUCUCCAUCUCCAAGUUUCUGCAAAUCCCUACACAUCUGGAAACAUAGCCAGCAGGGAGUCAGCACCAGGGAUCAUUGUCGCAUCAGGCUCAUUUGGCUCGGAGUUGUCCACCAGCAACGUCAGUGUGUACAUCACCUCAGAUGCAGGAAACACAUGGAGACAGAUCUUUGAUGAGGAGUAUGCAGUGCUCUAUCUUGACCAAGGAGGCGCCUUGGUUGCAAUAAGACACACUCCACUUCCCAUCCGACACCUAUGGUUGAGCUUUGACGAAGGACGGCAGUGGAACAAGUACAGCUUCACUAACACGCCUCUGUUUGUGGACGGCGUGCUGGGAGAGCCCGGGGAAGAGACUCUCAUCAUGACGAUAUUCGGCCAUGUCAGUCAUCGCUCUGAGUGGCAGCUGGUGAAAAUCGACUUCAGGUCCAUCUUCAACAGGAGAUGUACAGAGGCGGAUUAUCAGACAUGGCACCUGCACAACCAGGGUGAGCCGUGCCUCAUGGGAGUGAAAAGAAUCUACCGGAAACUAAAGCCCACGUCCAGGUGUGUUAUGGGGAAGAUGUACUCGGUGUCAAUGACGUCGGGACUCUGCGAAUGCACAGAGGCUGACUUUGAGUGUGAUUAUGGCUACGAGAGACGGUCCAAUGGAAAUUGCAGCCCAGCCUUUUGGUUCCAUCCAUCAUCGAUGUCCAGGAGUUGCACAUCAGGGAUGACUUUCCUUAACAGCACUGGCUACAGGAAAGUGGUGUCCAAUAACUGCACAGCUGGAGUCAGUGUGGAGUACACGGCCAGGAGGCGACAGUGUCCCAUCCAAGCUCCCAAAGGUCUCCACCUGGUCACCAGCGAGGGCACACUGACGGCCACCUUGGGCACCAAUGUCACCUUCCUCGUGUUUCUGGAGGAGGGAGACGGAGCGAGGACAAGCAUCAACCUGGACUUCGGAGACGGCCACGCUCUGACCUACUCCAACGUGAGCUCCAUCGAGGAUGGCAUCAAACACAUCUACAGGGCGGUGGGAAUCUACCGGGUGAUCGCCACCGGGGAGAACAAUCUGGGUUCGGAGACCGCCAUGCUGUACCUACAUGUAACAUGUCAGCUGGAGUAUAUCCAUCUCUCAGCUCCCUUUGUGGCGGUGAGGAAUAAGGAGGUGAACCUGACUGCUGUUCUCUGGCCAAGCCAAGUGGGAACGGUCACCUACAUCUGGUGGAUCGGAAAUAACACCGAGCCAGUAAUCACCCUAGAGGGUAGUGUAGCAUGCAUGUUCUCCAGGGAAGGCAUCAACACAGUCACCGUGCAGGUGUCUGCAGGGAAUACCAUUCUGCAGGACAGGAAAACCAUCGCUGUCCACGAAUACUUCCGAUCUCAUCUGCUCGCCUUUUCAUCAAACCUUGACGACCACAACCCUGAUGUCGCAGAAUGGAGGCUGGACGUGAGCCGAGUCAUCAAGAACUCUCUGAUCCAGGCCACAGCCGUGAGAGAGGACAAGCUUCUGGUCGCCGUCCUCCCAGGUUUACCAACCGCAGCAGAGUUUUUCCUCCUGCCUGACAAACUGUUAACUGAGGGGAAGCCAGAGAAGACUGUUGCUCAUUUGGAUCAGCUCGCGGAGGUUUUGCUGAGCGCCCUGAACCAGAACCUUGUCCAGUUCACGCUGCGGCCGGGGGUCCAAGUCACUGUGUACGCAGCACACCUAUCAGCAGCGCCCCUAGUGGACACCAGUGAGAACCACAGCGGCUCCGCCAUGCUAAUGCUGCUCUCCGGGGUGGUUGUGGGUUUAGCCGUGUUUGUCAUCUACAAAUUCAAGAGGAAGAUCCCAGGCCUCAACGUCUAUGCGCAGAUGCAGAAUGAAAAAGAACAAGAAAUGAUGAGUCCAGCCAAUCCAACAGAGGCCACGCCCGGCUCACAGCGGGACUUGGUGCAUUCUUUGGAGAUUCUGGAAACAGAGUUGAACUCACGGCCCAUCGGAUGUAUGAAACCUCAUGUACAUGUGAAAUUCUCCACAGAGCUCCCCACAUACAUCUUCUGA